AAGGCGGCAAGACCGAAGGCGCCCGUCGACGUCGAGAAGCAGUGCGGUGUUGAGCUUCCUCAAGGCGGUCAAUGUGCACGGAGCUUGACAUGCAAGAGCCAUAGUAUGGGCGCUAAGCGAAGUGUUCCUGGUCGAAGUGCGCCUUACGACAAACUACUCUUGGACUAU